GAUGGCACGUGGAGAGGUCCAUUUUUGUUAGGUAUCCUUAUGCCUUUGUGAAAAGUCUUACCGUCAAUGACUAUAUGUUUAGUCCCAAAGUGGACGGGCCUUUGUAUUAUCUCCCUUGAUGACAAUUUGCCACUGAUAUCAAAUACAAAAAUUGAUCGAAAUAUCCACGUCAAAAUGAAGCGAAUUAUAAUUUUCAAUGUCUUGAAGCAAUGACAGCGAGUUUAACCAAACAUUCUGUGAUUUCACGUUGUCUCCUCAUAUUUAUCAGUCAUGCCGCGGUUGCUUCACAGAAAAUGGAGGAGACAGAAAACAUAGGAGCAAGAUUAGACUUUGAUACAAACCAAGACAUAUUGUUACAUGACAACCUGGGAAAAAGUUUUCUAUCUUUUGAGCCAAGAAUUCUUGAAAACUCCAUGCCAUUCCUUUCAAAAUGGCCAUCUCAGCCAUAUCAUCUAAAAAACUUAAUAUUCAAAUCUUUUAAAAAUAAAGGGAAGCUUGAAAAUGAUGUGGAAGGGAAUCAUUUAAAGACAUUUUUAUCUAAGGGUAAAGAAAUGAAGAAAAAUCAUGAUAUUGUGUAUAAACAGAGAAGAGUUUUACAACACUGUUUGAGAGUUAGGAAGUCUAUAAAUAGAAGUAAACAGUGUUACCACAUUUUACAUCAGUAUUAUUUGAUAAAUAGUGAUCUUACAAUAAAACAUGAAAAUAAAGUUAAAAAUUCUGAUGUAUAUAGGAGUAUCAAGUUUAGAAACAGAAAACUUUUAUCAAGUUCUGUUGUAAGACAACGAAAUGUAAAAAAUGUGCCAAAAUCAGCUAAACUUGGAAGGCGGAAAUUCCGAAGUGAUUCUGAAAUCAAGCAGCUGGAAACAGGAACAAAUAUUAAACAAAGAACAGAAUCAAUACCUCUUAAUAUUUCAUCAAAAGAUUCCAAUGCAUCUAAAGUAAAUCUUGAGAAAUUGGCACUUCAGGAGCUAAAGGAGUAUGAAGAAUUUGUAUCAAUGAUGGAGCAAACAUUCUCGAAAGAUCCAUUGAGGGCAAUGUUGAGUGUUUCAUUCCUGCUGAUAGUAAUGAUGCUGGCCGUCAAACUGUGUGGAAUGAAACCAAUGAAACAAGAACGAGAAAACCUCGACUUUCAUGAAAAUGUUCAUUAUCUGAAUAUACACGACAUUCUGAAAAGAAAGCGUCCAUAUUUACCUAAGUAUUUACUAACAUGGGAAAGACGACUACGGCGGAAGUUUAAAAGGCGUCAAAGGAUUAAAAGGGUACGUGAGCAGGAGGAACAAGCCGAGAAUGUGAUGACGGACAACAGUGAGGAAGAGAUGCUGAUAUACGGUGGAAAUUGUGACUUUUAAUGCAAUAAGUUUAGUUUAUAUAGACCCUUUUUUAGUUUGUGUUUGAAGCUGUUAGCUUUUAGAAACACUUUUUGAUCCUUUUUUGGAACCAAUCAAUACUAAGCUGUGAGUGUGAAGUUUCUUGCUCAAGGGAACAACCGCUUGUUUCUGAAAGGGUUUGAGCCCAUGUGGCUAGCAACCCUUAGAUUUUUAGUCAGAUGCAUUUACCACUCAGCCAGGACACUACCCUUUUAAUGCAGUUGUUUCUAGCUGGAUAAUUGUAUUAUAUACCUGUACAUAUUUUACUAUUUUUCCUGCAGGUAUCACAUGGCGAAAUAAUGUCUCGCAGUAAAAACAUUUGCCUUUAUAAAAGUUUGAUCUGAAAUGAUGUUACGGACAUAAUGUCAGUAAGUUACUGGUGCUAACAUGAUUAAAUUACCAAGACAUACAGUAUGAAAUAAAGGAGUUAUUUUAAAGAUAUCUUGAUUAAUUUGUUGUAUUUGCCUCUAAUGGAUAUUACUAGAACAUAUCACAGAGUGCAUCUGCACUUUGUUAGAUCCUGACCUAGGAAAACGUCUUGAGUCAAAUGCAUGUCCUAAAUUAAGAUAUUUUUAAAUGUUAACUUUUUUCUCAGAGCAGUGUUGUAAUAUUAUUUUUUGUUUAACUUUCUUAGAGCAACUUUGAAAGGUGUCUGUUGGUAUAACAAAUGUUGUAAUUUUGUUGUAUUUUUCAUAUAUGUUUAAUUUUUGAGGUAUUUAUAUCUAGAGGUUUGUAUUUUACUGAAAGGAAAGAGAUUGUUUUAAUCAAUUUAUUUGUUAGUUACUAUGUUUUCAGUAUAAGGUAAUGAACUGUCACAACAUUUACAUAUUUAUUAAUGUAUUAUAAUUACCUGGUAUGUUACAUACUGGUUGAAUUCUAUGAGCUGUAAUGUUGUAGCUAUUAUAUUAGCAAACUGUAUACAUGUGUUGUUAAAUGUUAUAUAAUUAUUUAUGUUAAAUAAUUAUAACUGAUAUUGUGGAUAUGUUGCGCAUCAUUCAGUUUUAACUCAUGAGGAAUAGCAGGGGAAAAUGAGUUUUUACACUUAGUAUGUUACUUCAGCAAUUUUUUUAUGUGCACAAACAGUGGGGCAUUUUUCUUACUCGCAGUGCGAGGGCAUUUAAUGAAAAUUGUUCAAUCUGGCCGUCCCACAGGGUGGGGUCCUUUAGAAUUGAAUGGUCCUAAAAGUCUUGUGCAGUUGAGGGAGAAGGUCCACUGGUUACAAAUGACAUUAUAUGCCUAGGUUUAGUGUUAAAUUUCAAAUGCCUGUCUGAAUAAGCUAGCUACCUUCCAAACUCAAUAACUAAUUACUUUUACAGUAUAUGCUAGAAAAGUUACAUGAUAGAACCCUCUUUUCAGAGAAAAUACAAUAUGCAUUACUUUUACUUAUAUAUUUGAAAAAAAAAAUCAUUUUGAUUAGAUGAAUAUUUUUAUAUCCCUUGAGAAUAAAGCAUGUUCAGUUCAUUUAAUUCUGAGUGCUAAAAAAUUUAGAUUAAAAAAUUGCUAGGAACUUUGGAUUCAUGUCUUACCUGAAAUAAUGCUACAAGGUGCAUGUAAGGUAGUGAUUGAAAAGAUUGAAAGUGGGCUAAUGUUCUUUACAUUGUCAUAUCAAUUAAGGACAAAUGACCUUGACAUUGUUGUACCCCCCCCCUCCAGGACAAAUGACCUUGACAUUGUUGUACCCC